GGGUACCGAGCAAGUGAAGGGAGAAGCUCUCUGUCCCGAGGUCGAUAACUAAGUGUCAGUAGUCAGAGUCGACCCGUGCCGGAUCAUACCCCGAGCCCCGUGUACUAUGAGCUAUCCGAGGAUCGCGACCUUAUUGGCCCUGGCGGCCUGCCUUGCCUCCGCCGAGGCAGCAACCCUUUUGGGAGCGCCGCCCUGCCCGGAUCCGUAUGGCACCCACGCGUACGCUCACCCGGAGAUUUGCAACGCGUUUUUCCUAUGCACCAACGGCACCCUGACCCUCGAAUAUUGCGAGAACGGACUGCUUUUCGACGGCCAUGGAGCUGUGCACGAUCACUGCAACUAUCACUGGGCGGUAAAAUGCGGGGAUCGCAAGGCUGACCUCACUCCGAUCAGCAGUCCCGGCUGCGAGUACCAAUUCGGCAUGUACCCCGCCAGCGACUCAUGCAGCACUAACUACAUUAAAUGCGUCCACGGUAUUCCGAAGGACACGCAGUGCGACGCCGGAUUAGUGUACGAGCCGAAGAGUCACACGUGCGUCUGGCCGGAUCAACUGCUGCCCUACUGCAACCCGGAGGAAAUCGUCGGCUUCAAGUGCCCGCACAAAGUGCCACCCCACAGCGCGGCCGCUAAAUUCUGGCCUUACCCGAGAUUCCCGGUACCCGGUGACUGCGGUAGACUGAUUACCUGCGUCGACGGCCAUCCUCGCCUGCUCACCUGCGGAGACCACAAGCUCUUCGACUCCGUGAGCCUGUCCUGCCUGGAACCCGACGAGCUUCCUCACUGUGCCAAUAACCUUUAAAUAACAUAGGGAAGCGUAAUCGAGCGGUCGUCGAGCAGCAGUCGCGACCUCCCGAAAUCCGGAAGUCUUCAACAUUCCCCUGCAACCGGUUAUUUAAACGAUCACUCGGAAAACAGCGAGACAGAAUUAUGGGACGGCUGAAAGGUACAACGUAAUCCUGUUCGGAUAUUUAUCAUCGGAACCGCGAGCGAUCUCCGAACGAAAGUAUUCACGUGAAAUCGGAAAAGAAACGUCAAUGUAAAAUUCCCAUCGCGUCGAUCGAACCGGAUCAAUUCGAUUUUCUUGCAAAGCUCAACAAUCAACCGGCCCGCUCGGCCGGGCGUAAAUUAUUCGACGAAGAAGCAACGAUAUGUACAACGAACAUGUUCGAAUAAAAUGUGGACACGAGUACGAAAAAAAAAACAUAUACAACGUACACUUUAUUUCAACGAGUACUACAAUCGUACAUGUGCGAACGUCCCGGUAUAGUAAACUGUCUUACGACUAAGGCGAAAAUAGUAUUUACAUUUCGACUAUAAGAAUGAUAUAGAACAGAUGGUGAUGCUGGUUAAGCGAUCCUCGCGGACGAUUAAUAGGCCGCGCAUCUUUAAGCGGAUCUCCCGGACAACGAUCAUUCGCAACGGUCAGUUUAUCUCGCCGACUAGAUUCCUCGAACUGACGAUCAAAUGGAAGCAUGAAUUUUGGUUAACCAGCUUCAACUGUGGAAUUCAGUUUCGUAUGAGUCGCUCGAAAAGUUCAGUCAAUUUGAUAUUUUCUGAUUCUUCUAAAUUUUAAUGGAAUAAUAUUCUUUUCAGUUAUUAAAAGAUUUACUCGAUUCUUCGUUUCAUUCUAUAUAAGAAAGCCUUUCUUUUUGUAGCUUUAGGUUAAGUCGAUCUUUCGGUUCUCUGAUUUUUCUAAAUUUUAAUGGAAUAAUAUUCUUUUCAGUUAUUAAAGGGUUUACUCGACUCUUUGUUU